GAUGAUGAUGAUGAUGAUGAUGAUUCAAUGGACAUUCGUAAUUCAUCAUCUCAAGAUGAUGAUAUAAAUAUGACAAAGAUUUCAAGUUCUUUUGAGUACUUGUCAUCUGAAAAAGGUUUCCAUCCAUAUUGGAAAGAUAAUAGUAUAAUAGGUCAAAUAGGUCAUCCAUCUUCACGUUCUUUUGGUAUACCAAAAAUCUUUCACAAAUAUCGUUUUGACCAAGUUGUUGACUCUUCAUCACCACGACGUAUUUCUCCUCCUAAUGCUGUUCUUGAACUCUUACAAUCCAAUUAUAUUGAUUCACCUUUGAGAAGAUCUAAAGAUGAUUUAGAUAUCUUAUAUUCUUUAACUCCAAAAGAUUUAGAUCGAGGAAUUUUAAUGGAUAUGAUUAGUAUGUUGGAAUAUUAUGGUAGUAAAGCAAAUCAUAACAUUGCAAAGAAUUCAAGUGAAAUCAAUGACAUGUGGUUUAUGGACAAUAAUCAUCGUUAAAAAUAAUACGUUGUUGGUUAACUAACAAACUCUUGUAAAAAUUUUUCAUAUACAUUGUUAAAUAUCUCCUCAAAUCUUUUUUUUUCUUUUCUUUUCCUUUUUUUUUUUGUUACAUAUUUUUCUCAAUAUUCUUUAUUCUUUUUUAUUUUUAUUUUUAUAUAUUAUUUGUAUAUACGAAAAGCCACAUGUCUCAUUGGUUAUUUUAGUAUGUAUGAGUAGUUUUGUUUUUUUCAACAUGAACAUUUGUGGGUUUUUUAAUAUUUAAAAAAAAUCAAAAAAAAAGGCUUAAAAAAUUUAAAAAUUCAAAAAAAAAGUGGUGG